AUGGCUAAGACAAAGGAAUAUUCGACCCGGGGAGCGCUAACAAGGGAAGACUCCGAUGAUGAGCUGGGCUACGAGGACCUCCCCUGGCACUGGGUCUACGAUGGCGACAGUGAACCGGGAUCUGAUGCGGAAGUCUCGAGUGACGAAGACUCGACCCGGCGGAGAAAACGAAAGGCAAGCCAUGCUCUGCGCGAUCAGCGCAUCGCUGGAGCACGCAUGGGCAAUUUCUCCGUCAGGAUAGGAGAGACGGUACUCCUGAAAUCACCCGAGCAAGGCAAAGAUUGGGUCGGACUGAUUUGCGGCUUCUCUGACACUGAUGAAGACGGCGAUGCAGAAAUGUGUGCUCACAUCCAGUGGUUUUGCUCGCCAGAGGAAUUGGACUUUGGGAGGCGAGGUAGAGCGAAGCCGGAUAUUCUGCCGAACGAGCAAUUCAUCACAAGUGAUUUCAACCUGAACUCCUUGUCAGCCAUCAACGGCAAGGCGACAGUGUUGUCAAAGGAUGCAUACUUCGCGAGGUAUCCUGAGGGCAAGCCAGGACGAGGGAAGCAUGCCGCCAUCGAACAUGCAAAAACCAUUUUCUGCCGAAGAGCUGUCAAACAGCGUACCAUCGCAUUCUCGGAGGAGUUUGUAUGGGAUCAGAUCUACAGCAGCGAGCACGAUCUGAGUCGCUUGGUCGACUGGAUCCGGAACAAUACGAGAGGCCAUCAACGGCACGCGCCCAAAGCAUACGACGACGACUAUGACAUGCAGCCAGAGACUAACGAGGUCGACCCAGAAACACCACGAAAGAAGCGCAAAACUACCAAGGCAGCUACUCACCGCAUUAUGAUCAAGAAGCCCCUCGAGAUCACUCCACUCGGCACACGCAUUCUUUCACCCUCAGCCUAUAUGUCCUCGCCCUAUGCACACGCCCGCACCACCUUGCAUGUAUCCGCUGUCCCAGACUCGCUUCCCUGUCGAUUACACGAAUUCUCUACGGUCUACUCGCAUCUCCACAGCGCCAUCAUAGACGGCAGUGGCGCUUGCAUCUACAUCUCAGGCACGCCUGGGACCGGCAAGACCGCGACCGUCCGAGAGGUUGUCGCGUCCCUCACGCAAGCCGUAUAUGCAGACGAGCUCGAUGAUUUCAAUUUCGUUGAAAUCAACGGCAUGAAAGUCACCGAGCCGCAUCAGUCCUAUUCCCUCCUCUGGGAAGCGCUCAAGGGCGACCGCGUCUCGCCUGCGCACGCCCUGUCACUGCUAGAACACGAAUUCUCGCAUCCUUCACCACGCCGAAUCCCUUGCGUCGUGCUGAUGGACGAACUCGAUCAGCUUGUGACGCGCAACCAAUCCGUCAUGUAUAAUUUCUUCAACUGGCCAGCGCUAAGACACUCCCGACUUAUCGUUCUGGCUGUUGCGAACACGAUGGAUCUGCCCGAGCGGACAUUAUCGAACAAGAUCUCUUCGCGCCUGGGCCUCACCCGGAUCACUUUUCCUGGUUACACACAUAAACAACUAAUGGAGAUUAUCACCUCGCGCCUCGCCGGCGUGCCCGGCGACAUCGUGAACAGAGACGCCAUACAGUUUGCGUCGCAGAAAGUGGCUGCAGUAUCAGGUGACGCGAGACGAGCACUGGACAUAUGCCGACGGGCAGUCGAGCUCGCAGAAGAAGAGAAGGCUGCAGCGGAGACAGCACAAACCGGUCUGACGACAAGCACGCCAAGCAAGACCAAUCGUGGCAAACGCAUGGCUCAGCUCGCCACAGGCACGGAAACGGAGAAGGAGAACCAAGAUCCUUCUCCAGACACGGAUCCAUCCACAAAGUCAGAUCUUGGCAGAGUCACAAUCCGCACCAUCAAGACUGCCAUCAACGAGGCGACCUCAUCACCUAUCGCUCAGGCACUGCGGUGUCUGCCACUCGCCUCCAAAGUGCUGCUCGCAGCUGUACUAGCCCGCAUCCGCCGGACCGGAGUUGCAGAAAGCGCGCUCGGAGACAUACUCAUUGAAGCGAAGCGCAUCGCACGUGUUGCCGAGGACGAGGCCAUCAACGUGUUGAUGGGCUGGCGGGACGUGGUGCCGCAAACAGACGGUGGCGGAGGGUGGGACUUAGGAAAGAGAAUGGAUGCGCAGCGCGUGCUAGGAAUGGAUGCGGCAGUGGCAGGACUCGUCGAGGCCGGCGUCUCGCCGUUGAAGGGGGCAUUGGAGGCAUGGGUAUCGGCAAGAAAUCAGGUGGCGAGCGAGCAGCCAAGGUGA